AUGCUAGUUAGAUCAUAUUUUAAAAUCAAUCGUUUUCAUUUACCUCGAUUGUCAUGUCUUGCCUUUCAACAUUCAUUACCAAGAAAAACAAACGCAUUUAGUCAUCAAAGUUUAGACACAAACGCAAGUAUGAAUAGUGAGAAAAUGUCACUUCCUCGAUAUCCAACUGGUUACGAUCUUUUACUUGAUCGACGUAUUAAUAAAGGUACAGCAUUUACAAUUGAAGAACGUCAAUUAUAUCGUAUACAUGGUUUAUUACCUCCAACGAUUUCAACACCUCAACUUCAAGUUGAAAGAUUUAUUGAAAAUUUACGUAAUAUGCCUGAUGAUCUAUCAAGAUAUAUUUCAUUAGGUGCAUUACAAGAUCGAAAUGAAAAAUUAUUUUAUCGUGUAGCAAUGGAAUAUACACAAGAAAUUAUGCCACUUGUUUAUACACCAACUGUUGGUUUAGCUUGUCAAAAAUAUGGUUUAAUAUUUUCUAAACCAAAAGGUUUAUUUAUAUCAAUCUUAGAUAAAGGUCAUAUCUAUGAUGUUUUUUGUAAUUGGCCAGUUGAUGAUGUUCGAGCUAUUGUUGUUACUGAUGGAGAACGUAUAUUAGGUUUAGGUGAUUUAGGUUGUAAUGGUAUGGGUAUACCUGUUGGCAAAUUAAGUUUAUAUACAGCAUUAGCUGGUGUACCACCUGAAUACUGUUUACCAAUCGCACUUGAUGUUGGCACUAAUAAUGGAAAUAUUCUUAACGAUAAAUAUUAUUUGGGUUUACGACAAACACGUGUUACAGGAAAAGAAUAUGAUGAUUUUAUUGAUGAAUUCAUGCAAGCAGUUGUUAAACGAUUUGGACAACAAUGUUUAAUUCAAUUUGAAGAUUUUGCUAAUCAUAAUGCUUUUCGUCUUCUUAAAAAAUAUCGUGAUAUUUAUUGUACAUUUAAUGAUGAUAUACAAGGUACAGCUAGUGUUGCUGUUGCUGGAAUUCUUAGUGCUAUUCGAAUAACUGGAAAAAAUUUAAUUGAUAAUCGAUUUGUAUUUUAUGGUGCUGGAGAAGCAUCAAUUGGUAUAUCAAAUUUACUUGUUGUUGCUUUAGAACGUGAAGGUUUAUCAACGGAAGAAGCACGAAAAAAAAUUUUCUUAGUUGAUUCAAAAGGACUUAUUGUCAAGAAUCGACCAGCUGGUGGAUUAAGUGAAGAAAAACAACGAUAUGCACAUGAACAUGAACCAAUUCGAAAUUUAAUUGAUGUUAUUCAAAUUGUAAAACCUUCAUUUCUUAUUGGUGCUGCUGGUCAAGGUCCAGCAUUUACACAUGAUAUUCUUCAAUUAAUGAGUUUAAUUAAUCAACGUCCAGUUAUAUUUGCUCUAUCAAAUCCAACAUCAAAAGCAGAAUGUACAGCACGUGAAGCUUAUGAAGCAACAAAUGGUCAAUGUGUUUUUGCUUCGGGUUCUCCAUUUCCUAACGUUGAAUACAAUGGUAAAACAUAUAUACCAGGACAAGGAAAUAAUUCUUAUAUAUUUCCUGGUGUUGGCCUUGCAAUUGUAACAUGUGGUAUUCGACAUAUACCCGAUGAAUUAUUUUAUUUAGCUGCUAAAACACUUUCACAACAAGUUACAAAUGAUGAUUUACAAGUUGGUCUUGUUUAUCCACCUAUUGAAAAAAUUCGAGAUGUAUCAAGAAAAAUAGCAGUCGUAUUAGCAGAAUAUGCUUAUGAAAAAAAUAUAGCAUCACUUUAUCCAAAACCAAAUCAUUUAGAAAAAUUUAUUCAAACAAAACAAUAUACAGUUGAAUAUCAAGAUAUUUUACCAGCUCGAUGGAGUUGGGCCAACUAA